ACUGUCUAUCCACUCAAAAUCUAACAUCCCUCAAAAGCAGCCAGCUAUAAGAGUUCGGCCCUUCACAAUGCCGCCGCCGCCGCCUCCAGAUCAGCCGUGGUCUUUCGCCUCCGCCAUCUCAUGACCACCGCCGAAAACCCAUAACCACAGUCCACAUACCCAUUUACUCGUUCGCAAUGUCGUCGUCAUCGCAGUACUCUCAGGCAUUCCACUGGCAUUUCACCGCUCUCGACGACGACAACUUCGAGAUCCAAGGCCGCACGCUCUUCCUCGUCGUGGUCCUCUUCUCCGUCAUCCUUCUCUUCACCCUCCUCUACCUCUACGCGCGCUGGGUCUGCCGCUACCGCCACCCAUUCCCCCACGCGCUGCCGCCUCCUCCGCCGCCUCGGUCUCGUGGGCUCGACCCCUUGACCAUCAAAACCUUGCCCAUAGCCUUACACCGGUCAUCGGAAGCUCCGAACUCGAGGGAACAAGCCGAGUGUUGUAUAUGCCUCGGUGUGUUCGAAGAUGGGGACAAGGUCAAGGUUUUGCCGUUGUGUCGGCAUUGUUACCAUCCCGAGUGCGUUGAUAGGUGGCUGAGUGUUCAUUCGAGUUGCCCGUUGUGUAGAGGCUCUCUCCGGAUUAACAACACUCCGGUUGGCUCGGCCAUUCCGCACAUUGUAGUGGAAUGAACCUCCAAAACUAGCUCUCUUGGUGGGUUAAUUGUUUUGUGUAAUUAUUAUAUAUAUAUAUUCUAAGCCAAUGUAAAGGUUUGUCAAGCAUUAGUGUGCUUUUGUUAAUUGUAUUUACCACUAUAUAUUAAAUUCUUCUUUCUUCCAGUUUGACUGGUUUUUUUA